GUUUUGUUUAAGCCAAUCUCAAUUUUUUAACGAUCCGUGAGAGCUGGGUGCAUCCACCACGUUGAUCUUGGGAGGGCGCAGCCGCGUGCCAGUCGGUGUCAGGACAGGAGUGUCCGAGACGGCUGCAUUCUAGAUGUCGCCCCGACAGAUAAACUACGGCUGGUAGAUCGAAUCGCGCUCGUUUUGUCCCUUUAUAUUACAACAAAAAACGACAGGGGAGACGAAGUGAAGCCCACCAUGCACCGGCUCCUGGUCUUCUCGUUUACGCUGCUGUGUAUUUGCAGCGCUAACAAAUGGAAAAAGAAUUUUAAAUGUCCUUCAGGAUGUUCGUGCACGAAGGAAACCAUCAUGUGUGUUGGUACUGCGGCCGUCCCCCGUACGGUGCCGAGUGACAUCACCUCGCUGAGCAUCGUAAACGGCUCCAUUGCGGAAAUCCCAGAGGGGAUGUUUUCAUUCAUGCCUUCUCUGCGGCUACUACUUCUAAAUGCGAACUCUUUGACCACAAUUAAAGAUGAUGCUUUCUCUGGCCUUCCACAUUUGGAAUAUCUGUUCAUCGAAGGGAAUAAGAUUGAAACCAUCACUAAAAAGGCCUUCCGUGGUCUGCGAGAUCUAACUCAUCUAUCCCUUGCCAAUAACAAGAUGAGGUUCCUGCCAAGAGAGCUGUUUUUUGAUUUGGGUUCACUGCUGGAACUAGAUCUACGAGGUAACGAUUUCCAGUGCGGCUGUGAGAACAAGUGGCUGAUGACAUGGCUGAAAAACACAAAUGCCACAGUGUCAGACGUCUUCUGUGCUGGCCCCGGUGACAUGAAGGGCAAGCGUCUCAAUGACAUUCCCAUUCCACCAGGCCAGUGCAUGUCUACAGACUUUGUGCGUCACCAGUCAAUCCCGAUUCAGUCCAUGUCAGCGGACAUCUUCUCAUUUAAGGAGGACAUCUAUGUUGCCAUGGCUGCACCCAACUCGAACAGCUGUGUGGUCAUGGAGUGGGAUCACAUCGAAAUGAAUUUCAGAAAAUUUGACAACAUAACAGGGAAAUCUGUCGUUGGGUGCAAGUCAGUUCUGGUCGACGAGCAUGUCUUGAUCAUUGUCACGCAGCUCUUUGGGGGCUCCCAUGUUUACAAGUUUGAUGCUGAGCAGAACAAGUUCACUAAAUUUCAAUCCAUCGAGGUCCUCAACAUCUCCAAACCGAAUGACAUUGAAGUCUUCCGCAUGGAUGGCGAGUGGUACUUGGUAAUAGUAGAUAGCUCCAAAGCAGGUCUGUCAACUCUUUACAAGUGGACCGACCAAACAGACCGGAACCAAACUGGGUUCUAUACCUAUCAAUUCCUACAUGAAUGGUUCCGCGAUACAGACGCUGAGUAUGUUGAAAUGGACGGGAAGUCCUACCUCAUUUUAGCCAGCCGCUCUCAACCGCCUGUCAUCUACUUGUGGAACAAGAGCAGCUCAAAGUUCAUGCUUCACAGUGAAUUCCCAAAUGCGGAGGACGUGGUGGCAGUCAAAGCUUUCCGAGUGGAAAAUGACUUGUAUCUGGCUAUGACUUGCUACAUCGGUGACUCCAAAAUUCUCAAGUGGACCAGUAAGCAGUUCACAGAGAUGCAGGCUCUUCCGUCUCGAGGGGCGAUGGUCCUCCAGCCUUUCUCCUUCACGGACAGACAUUACCUUGCUCUAGGCAGUGAUUACUCCUUCACUCAAAUCUACCUGUGGGAUGCAGAGACCAAAACCUUCCAGAAGUUCAAGGACAUCUACAUGCAGUCACCACGAUCCUUCACUGCAGUCACCACUGACCGCAGGAAUUUCAUCUUCUCUUCCAGCUUUAAGGGCAAAUCGAUGGUCUUUGAGCAUAUUGUGGUAGAUUUAAGUUUAUGAGGCAAAAUACAAUAGUAUGUGAGAAUACUCUUCCAUCAUAUGAAAGAAUUCCUGGACUAUGGCAGAUUUCCAGAGGAAUUCCAAAGCAACAAAAUGAACUUCUACCCUAAUUGCUUCUGAUGAGCUUGUUGGCACCUUGCAUCAGUAUACGAAUGUCAAUGCAAUAACAAUAAAAUGCUCUGGAGACAUGCUCUGUAUGACUAUGCUCAUUGUACAGUAAUAUCUAUAGAUGUCAGCUUUUAUUGUAAUUCUAUGAUGCAAAACUUAGCCAAGAAUGAAGACACUGAAAAAAAAAAAAACAUGUUUGCACUUUGACAGAUUAUUCAGCUAUAUUGCAUCUGUAUACUUUACCUGUAUGUACUCGUCCGGUAACUCUGGUGACUUGAUGCAAGUUUUCUUACUCUUCCUUGGAAAAAUGGAAUGUGUGAGUUUCAUGUUAACAAUGGAAAGUUCAACGCACAGUAUUAUUGACCUAUGCAAAACACUAUGCUGCUAUUGAAAUGCUUCUUGUGGUCCCUUUUUCAUAUUUUUUUUCUUUUAUGACAGACUGCAGUACAGUAUUGUAUUUGGUUUAAUUUACAUAACCUCUUCACUUCACUAAUAAAGGUGUGUAUCCUAAAUGAUUACCUGUAUCUAAUGAACGCACUAGCAAUGCUAAUCGUGUACAUUUAUUUCAUGAAAAUUAAAUACUUUUGUCGUGUAUUAAAGAACCUAUGACCA